GCGUGAUUAACCAUAGCUUUGCAAGCUCUAGGCUGGGCCAAGCGAUUUUGCAAUCGCAGCCGACUGCUUAAAGAGGGGCAGGGCAGCGUCUCGUUCUUCCAGCUUAAGUUUUUUUUUUCUUCUCCUCGUUCAAACCUGCUCUCUUCUGCCCGCUCGUCCUCUGCGCCUCCAUAAAGUGCCUCAACAGCAGCACGAACCAGCUUCGCAGGACACUUCAACAAGCCUACAAAUACGACGACACAUCACAAUGGGCUCUGACCGUGUCGAACCUCUCCGCCUGGGUAGCAUUGCCCCCAACUUUGACGCCGAGACCACAAACGGCAAGAUCAAUUUCCACGAGUUCAUCGGAGACAGCUGGGUCAUCCUUUUCUCGCAUCCCGAGGACUACACCCCAGUCUGCACGACGGAGCUGGGUGCCUUCGCCAAGCUCGAGCCGGAGUUCACCAAGCGCAACACCAAGCUCAUUGGUCUCUCGGCCAACACCAUCGAGAGCCACAGCGGCUGGAUCAAGGAUAUCGACGAGAUCUCUGGCAGCAAGCUGACCUUCCCCAUCAUUGGUGAUAAGGACCGCAAGAUCGCUCUUGCGUACGACAUGAUCGACCAUCAGGACGCCACCAACGUUGACUCCAAGGGAAUUGCCUUUACGAUUCGCUCCGUCUUCAUCAUCGACCCAAAGAAGACCAUCCGCUUGAUCAUGUCGUACCCAGCCUCGACGGGCCGCAACACGGCCGAGGUCCUGCGCGUGCUGGACUCGCUGCAGACGGGCGACAAGAACAAGGUCACGACGCCCAUCAACUGGGUGCCCGGCGACGACGUGAUUGUGCAUCCGUCCGUCAAGACCGAGGACGCUAAGGCUCUCUACCCUGACCUGCGCAUUGUGAAGCCAUAUCUUCGCUUCACACCUCUGCCCAAGGAGAAGACCAGCGCGGCGGUCUAAGGGCUGGCGCGCUGAUCUGACGCGUGCGCGAACGGGUGGAAAGGGGAGGAAAAGCCGGCUGCGUACAUGAGGGAAAGGGUCCGCGAAAGAAUGCGACAGAACGGUGGGUUGGUGCGCGAUCGUGCAUGAUGUUUUGAAGUUGGGAGAUGUACGUUUGCCCUGCAUGACGGGGUAGCCAUUCAGGAUAGGGCAUUGAAGCAAAGAAAGGACGAGAAAAAAAAAAGAAAAGGAUGAUGGAUAGGGGCUGCGUGUCGGAGAUGGCGACGAGACAGCAGAAUGCAGGGCACAGGACGGUGGCAAGUAGGAAAGAUGAAUUCGCAUGAUACCUUGUUUUUGAGCGUUAGCUAAAAGGAGGCAAAUAAUAAAAAAAGCUUCAAAUGAUAACAAGGACAAUUGAAACGAAGAGAUCAGUCCAGCAAAAAGGAUUCACGCCAUCGGUGAAAACUCCGCUCGGGGAGGUGCAAUCAGAAUGCGGGGGUGU